GUCGUCAGCCUCACCCAAGGCUACCCAGCCUUGGGCUAGAACCCCACCACAGCUUGGAGCUCCAACAUACAUUGAUUGCCUUCAUUCAUCACGGCCAUUGAGACAUAGUCUUUCAAUACGCAUCAAACUGUCGCCUCAUCAAUGUCGGCACAGCAAAUACCCAACCUUCUCUCAUUGCGAGGUGGUUCUCGGUCUCGUGGCAGAGGUAGAGGGCAAGGCCUGCGCGAUCCUUUGAAUCCUCAUUCGGAGGUCUCUUCAAACCGUAGAGACAAUGCCAUUCAAGGAACCGAUACAGAUGCAGCUGUAUCUCGUCUUAGUGCAGUCAAUCUUGGCUAUCUAGAGGACCGAUUUGCUCAUUAUUUCGUCAAAGGAAGUGGAACACGAAGGCUGCCAAUCAUAAAUAGAGGUACAUAUUCUCGUACUACUGCUUUAGACCUCCUCAUCGAAUCCUUCUUAUCUCAACCUGAUACUUCUCCUUCACAGCAAAAACAAAUAAUAUCUUUGGGCGCGGGAACAGAUACUCGCUAUUUUCGUCUUCGGGCGAAGAACAUGCAUAAUAAUGUCAUUUACCAUGAAUUUGAUUUCCCAUCUGUAUGCGUUGCGAAAAGUCGGUUAGUACAACAGAAUCAAGCAGAACUCAUCAAAAAUGAAAAUUACUUUGAAAUCGGACAAAAAGAGGGCGUGCAUGGAGAAUUCACGGCGGCUAGUGGGCCACAAGAGAAUACAGAAUGGGGAUUUAGCCGCACUUUUAAGACUCGAUCAGAAGUUGGAUACGUGUGCCAUCCUUUGGACCUCCGAAAACUACCCGGCGCAACUAGUCUCGAUUCAUUUCAUGGUAUCAAGAGCGACAUGGCCACGCUGAUAAUAUCCGAAUGCUGUCUAUGUUAUCUUGAGGUGAACGCGGCACAAAGCAUAAUAAAAUGGUUCACAGACAAGAUUCCAAGUAUCGGGAUUGUUCUUUAUGAGCCAGUGGGAGUACAUGAUGCUUUUGGACAAAUGAUGGUAGAAAAUCUAGCAUCAAGGGGAAUCACUAUGCCUACGGUGCAGAAGUAUAAGACGCUUAAGGACCAGAGGGAUAGACUAGUAGGUCUUGGGUUUGGUAACGCGAAGGGUGGUAUUAAUGCCGUGAGCAUAGAAGAUUUCUGGGAACAUUGGGUCGCACGCAGAGAAAGAGAAAGAGUGGACAGGCUUGAAGGUCUAGAUGAAGUUGAGGAGUGGCUUCUACUGGCAAGACAUUAUUCUGUUGUCUGGGGGUGGACAGACGAUUUAGGAUUUGAGGGUCUAAAGGCGCUAAACUCUUGACCUAUGAAUAAUGAAAGUCCAUGAAUAUUUACAGGUGCACCGCUCUGAGCUAAAAUUUCCAUUUCAUUGCCUUUACAGAUUUUAAUCCAUGUAAUCCUCUUCACGAAACUCAUAGUUUUAGCUCGAAAGUCGAGUCAACUAUUGUUAUGUUCCCCCACUCCCCCUUCAUCUUCCCCAGAAACAUGAUGAAACAAACAUAACUCCGCCCAAUGCUUCAUACAUUAUGGCCGUUCGUCCGCUCUGAGAGUUCAAGAAUUUGCGUGCAUUAUGAGAUAUGGUUACUUUUAGCCGAGUCUUUCAUGAGGUCUAAGACUCAAGGAGGUUGCGAUUGAUUGUCUCAAGAGUAAGAUGGUCAAUUCGCAAUUUCGCAUGGAGGGCGUGUAGCGUUUACGAUCAAACCAAUGCCAUGACAAUCUAACCACAGAGGUCCAUGUUGCAA